UUUAUUAUUUUUCAUUUAAUGGGUCUGUCGUCCGCAGAUUACAUUAUACCUUCACAUCAACUUAAAUAUAUAAAUCCAUCGUAAUAGAUAUUUUUGAUUAUUGAACGCUACUGUCAUUUUCCGUUUUUCCUGCUCUUGUUUAGUUAAAUUUAGGGACAAACUCAGAGAAAAUGGACUACAACAAUGACAGUCAAAUGUGGGAUUGGCAAAGUCAGGCUUACUCUCUUGAAGAAAAUACAAGCUUAGAUAUACCCGAAUGCCUAAUGAAUGGAGUAAAUGAAAACGAAGAUCUCUCUUACAUGUUUGACAAUGAAACAACCCCGGUUAAGGCCUGUGGAGAUUUGGCGUAUCACGUAACUAGCUAUGAAAUUACCGAUAAAGAGUUGGAGAAACGAGGGGAACCUUCUUCACAAGUAAAAAGGCGGAGAAUUCUACAGUUUGAGUCUGAAGUCUCAGAUGCACCUCUUUGUAAAUACGAGGCAUUUUUAAGAUCAAAGGAAACACCGGAGUCUCUUGAAGUGGCUUCAUCUGAAAUUUCACAGUUGGUUGAUGGAUUUACAGAAGGCACAUUCGCCUCCAGCAACGAGUGCUUAGACCCGUCAUCUGAAGGAUGGCUUGCCAAUUGCUUUAUUGAUCCAGAGAUGCAAUAUAAAUCCGAGGACAUUAGAAGCGUUUCUGGGACAUCUGAUGUUCAGAAUGAUAUCACAGAGCUUUUUGACGCCCCUCCUGAAUAUGAAGCUAGUGCAGUCCAAAAACUUCCUAUUCGCCCUUGUAAAAGCAUUGUUUUCAAAGGUCGAAAAUCAUACAUGCAGACCCCUUCUAAAGUAGCCUCCUCUGUUGUCUAUCCAUUUGCGUUCGUUAAACCGUGUAGCGUGCAUGGAGACGUGACUCUAAAAGACAUAAACCAGAGGAUACAUACUCCAUCAGAAUCCGAGGAAAAUAAUGAAGAUCAUGCAGUUUCUUAUCCGACAUCUGCUAUUUCUGGGAAGCCUAUAGUCGGAAAAACUAAAAUUCGAACUGAAGGUGGAAAAGGCUGCAUUACAAUUACAAGAACCAAAGGGUAACCAUAUCGGCACUUAGGAGGGACGAAACCUUGUACCAAAGCUAACUUUUAAGGUCAAUCUUGUUCGGAAAAUGCCCAUAACUACUAAGUAUAGCCAGUGACUUUUGAGAAGAUGAACUAUCCAUGCAAAUUAAUGUAUUUGUCGUCUCUUUAUAUGUUUUAUCAGCCUUCAA